GACCGAUAGCAUCGCUUUAGCGGCAUCUUUAAAGGCCGGUCCACCACUAACGCCAUAAGAAUUAGUUUGUUUUUUUUUUGCAACAAAAAUUUACAUUAGUUAUGCGUUCGUGGCCAAAAUGCUAAUCGUCUGGUUAGUGCUUGCCGCCACACUGAGCCGCUGCAUCCAAGCCAGCACCACGAUAUCGAUACCGAUCACAACCCAGGACAUAAUAGCGGGUGACGUGUUUUUUGAAAUCCUCACGCCCUCGGAUCUGGAAUACACGUACCGUCUGCGACCGGCCAAGGACUUUGGAUCCACCUUCUCACAUCGACUGAAGGGAGUUCCGCUAGUGCUCACGGAUCCGCCGAGCGCUUGCCAAGAAAUCCGGAAUGCCCGAGAACUUAAUGGGGGCGUCGCACUCAUCGAUCGAGGGGAGUGCUCCUUCGUCACUAAGACACUGCAGGCGGAGGCAGCUGGAGCUUUGGCUGCGAUUAUCACGGAGUACAAUCCCAGCUCGCCAGAGUUUGAGCACUACAUCGAGAUGAUACAUGACAACUCCCGACGGGACGUUAACAUACCGGCUGGCUUUUUACUUGGAAAAAACGGCGUUAUAAUUCGUUCAACGCUACAGCGACUGAAAAGGGUUCAUGCCCUAAUUAACAUACCGGUUAACCUCACCUUCAUACCGCCCUCUAAGAUUAACCAUCCACCGUGGCUGGGGUGGUAACGGGCUGGAAGUGCAGCCAGUAAAAAGGACUUGUGGGGAUGGGACCCAUACAAUAAGAAACCAAAGUGCAUACUCGGAGGCAGAGAUAUUGAGACAGCAACUGAGACUAAACAUUAGAGUACCAAUAAGUAGCUAAUUCGUAGAUGGAAGCCAUACAGUGUAAAUAAAUUUGCUUAGCAGCCAGUCAGUCAGGUCGCAAAGUAAUAAGCUAUACAAA